AUGUCUGCUCAUGAUGAUCAUGCAAGUCAUUCACCAACAAACCCGGAUGUUGGUGGGCAUAACCCGAAUUUAAAUGAGGGUGUCGAAACCUCACACGUUCAUUUGGAAACUGGCCCACUUUUCGAGGAGGAUGCCCCUUUAUCUCCUCGUGGCGAACGACUGAUGAAGCGGGUUACUGAUUUUGUGCGGCAAGCUCUUAAUGAACAUCGAAAGGAGGAUACUGAAAAGGGGAAACAGCUUGAUGCGGGUGCCGUUUCUCAACCUAAGUCCACCCAAACUUYGUUUAAAACAUUCAAAGCUAGUGGAGCAACUGAAUUUAAGGGGGUUUCAGAUCCAAUUGUAGCUAUUGAAUGGCUACUGAACACCGAAAAAGUGUUUCGAAUCUCCAAAGUCGCUGAAGAGGAUAAGGUUAACUAUGCGACCGCUAUGCUUAUCAGUAGUGCAAUGAUAUGGUGGGACGCAACCUACCAGUCUCUAAAUGAGACUGAAAGAAAUAAUUUAACAUGGGAAGGCUUCAAAACCAUCUUCCAUGAACAAUAUUGUCCCCCUGACUUACUGAAACAGUUGGAAAAAGAGUUCAUGGACCUCAAACAGGGAGAUUUGACUGUGGUGCAGUAUGAGACACAGUUCAAUAUGAAGUCUAACACAUCUCGCGCAUGCCAACGAUGUGGCAAGGCGCACUCGGGACGAUGUUUCUCUGAACCAUCCAAAAUUUCGUGUUAUUCCUGUGGUGAAGUUGGGCAUAUUCGUACAAAUUGCCCAAGACGAGAUCAAGCAUGUUAUACUUGUGGAGCUUAUGGACAUCGUCAGCUUAAUUGUCCAAAUGCCCAACAUGAGGAUAGUAAGGCCUCAGUACGACAACCGAUAGUGGGAGGUUCCUYAGCYCAAAAGAAGGAAGUACCAAGAGCAAGAGCUAGAGCAUUCCAGAUCAYAGCAGAGGAGGCUCGGGAGRAACCAGAGCUCGUCACUGGUAUAUUUUUCGUGAACUCUCAUCCUGCACGUAUAUUGUUUGAUUCUGGUUCUACGUAUUCCUUYDUGUCGCWUGCCUUUSUUCGUUUUCUCGAAUCUGUUCCUGUACUUUUUGAUAGACCGUUUUCUGUGGAUACCGCUAGUGGAACCCCUUUAGUAGCUGACAGAGUAUUCAAAGAUUGUACAUUAGUAUUGGAGGAUCAAAAUUUCUCAAUAGACUUAAUCCUUAUGGAUAUUCGUGGCUUUGAUGUGGUUAUUGGUAUGGAUUGGUUAGUAGCAAAUCGAGCGGAUAUUAUUUGUGUGCAACGGAUGAUUCGAAUACCAGCUAGGGAAGGAGAUUAUGUUUAUGUGUACGGAGAAAAAGGAGUCGGUGACAUCAAGGUAAUUUCUGUACUCAAAACUCGUCGAUAUUUAUCUAAGGGGUGUACUUCUUUCAUGGCAUAUGUUUUAGAUGCCACUAAAGAAAGAAACAAGUUGGCCAAGGAUGUACCCGUGGUAUGUGAAUUUCAGGACGUCUUUCCUGAUGAUUUGUCUGGUCUACCACCGGACAGGCAAGUAGAAUUCAGGAUUGACCUUGUGCCAGGUGCUGCACCUACUACACGGACACUCUAUCGUCUUGCCCCGGCAGAAAUGAAGGAAAUGAUGAGCCAAUUACAGGGGUUAUUGGAUAAAGGUUUCAUCCGAUCGAGUACUUCACCUUAG